CUACUGAACAGGCAAGUCAAACGACGUAUCAUUUAGGAUCUCUUUCAAUGGCCGAGUCAACUCACUCACCGGCGCCCACCUCACCACCAACUCCGUCCACCACCGCAACCCAAACGACGACGUCAUGGCAUCAGGUUCUACUCAUCUCCGCCGUAGCCACCGUCGUGUUAGCUUUACUUCUGCUCCAGUUCGAUACCUUCGAUGCGGUUCAGUAUCCCCCGAACGAGUUAGCGAACAAACCCAUGUUUGAAGUACCUCGGGUCAACCCACGGGUGCUCCAUGGGUCUGAAAAUAUCGGAGAGGGUCAGUUGUUGGGUCCUGAAGACAUCGUGUAUGACUCGAAGUUAGGUGUUUUCUACACUAGCUGUGUUGAUGGGUGGAUUAAACGAGUCACUGUGAAUGACUCGGUGGUGGAGGACUGGGUUAACACUGGUGGCAGACCUCUUGGACUCGCUCUUGGUUACUCCGGUGAAGUGUACGUGGCGGAUGCUUAUAAGGGAAUUCUUAAAAUAACCAAAGAUGCCGAGAUAGAAGUAUUGACAGAUGAGGCAGAGGGUGUAAAAUUUGCAACAACGGACGCUGUAGCAGUUGCAAUGAACGGUGUAUUGUACUUCACAGAUGCCUCUUGGAAGUAUGACUUGCACAAUUUCGUGUUAGACAUAUUGGAAGGUCGUCCUUAUGGUAGAUUCAUGAGUUAUGAUCCGUCAACAAAACUGACCAAAGUUAUUGCUCGAGACCUAUACUAUGCCAACGGUGUUGAAAUGUCCCCUGAUCAAGACUUUGUUAUCUUCUGUGAAACUGCGAUGUUGAGAUGUAAAAGGUACUACAUACAAGGGGAAAAAGCUGGUUCCAUAGAUGUAUUUAUUGACAGAUUGCCUGGUAUGCCCGACAAUAUUCGUUACGAUGGUGAGGGCCACUAUUGGAUUGCGAUCGCCACGGAGCUUACAUUCGAGUGGGAUCUUGCACGUAAAUACCCAUACAUCCGGAAGUUCCUUGCAUUUCUGGAUAAGUAUUUUCAAAGACCUUCGAUGGAGAGAAACGCAGGGGCGGUUGUUGUGGAUUUGGAUGGCAAGCCGAUCGGGAGAUACUAUGACCCCGAAUUGAAAUUUGUUACGACAGGUAUAAAGAUCGGGGAACAUUUGUAUCUGGGAAAUUUGAUGAAGUCAUUCAUUAUGCGCCUAAACCUUACUCAAUAUCCUGCUACCGCAACCUCUUCGAUAGAAUCAUAGGUUUUUGCUUCUGCUCUAUCCUUCUUGUAUUGUUGUGUUACCUGAUUUUGACAUAGGAUGUAAUGUUGAAUUAAUAAUGCAUGAUUCGAUCUUUAAGCCAAA